CGGCAGUUUGGGGCGGGGCUUAUAGCGGCUCCUCCAAUAGCCUGAACGAGUCUGGGGCAGAGGGGAGGAGGGUCCAGCGGAGGCCUCGCCUCCUAGAGUGGGGCUAGAGGCCCGAGGCACCGACGGGGUUGGGACCCCGGAGUCCCCCCCAGGAGGGGACAGACAGGAGCGUGGCCGCCACCUCCUGCUGCAGGCCCAGGGAUCCGGGACCAUGGCGCCCGGGUGGACGAGGCUCCCACCGCGCCUCUUUCUCCUGGGAGCUGCCCUGGCCCUCACGGGAGCCCUCUUCUGCCACCGGGGCAUCCUGAUCCGCCUUGGAAAAAUCCCCACCCAAUUCCUGGCCAACUGGACGUUAUCGAAGGAGCAAUGUGAUGAAGAGGACAUGUGUCAGGACACCAUUCUGAUCUUAGAGACAGAACUGCAGGGCAUCAUCAUCGCCACCAAAGGCUGCUUCCGUGAGACCCUGCAGGAGCCCACCGUCGUCAAGUACACGCAGCCCCCCGGCGUGGCGGCCACGUCCUACACGCACUUCUGCUCCACCGACUUCUGUAACAAUUACACGGACCCGAAGCCGCUGACGAAGCCCCCCAGAGGGGCAGUCAGCCCUCACCAAGAGGGCCUCAUGUGCCCCACCUGCGUCUCCCUGGGGCCCUGUGUUCCCGGCUCCCCGGUCAUGCACUGCCCCAAGCUCACCCUCUCCUGCUAUAGUGGGACCAUCAUGAUCAAGGGAGGAGGCAUCUGGACUCCAGUGGACCUGGAGGGCUGCAUGGGCGAGAUCAGCUGCCGCCUGUUGAACAAAACACACACCAUCGGGCCCCUGGAAGUGAACGAGCUGUGCGACCGUAGCAGCUUGUUCGAUAACUUCAGGAUGGAUGGGGCCAGUGGCCCGCUCCCCACCUCUGUGUGGGCUCUGGGCCUGGGCUCCCUGCUGCUCCUGUAGCCUGGAGGGGAGGGCAAGGGCCCCCUGGUGGGCCUAGCUAGAGCCCCACACCCCCACUGAAGAAAGCUUCUGCUCCCUGCUGCUCCUUCCUGCCUCCUGCCCCUUUCCUCCUUUUCUCUCUUUUACCACCCCCUUCAUCUUUCUUCCCUCCUGCCUUUUGCCUUCUCCCUCCUGCCCCCUGCUCCUGCUGCCCCCUUCUGU